AUGAAAAAUAGUUCUGUCAGGACUUUGGUGCUGGACGACUGUGGGUUAACGAGUGAGGCGUUGAAAGAAUGGGUCGUCUUCUUCCAAUCCGGCACCAAUACGACACUGCGUCAUCUCAGUCUGGCAGGUAACCAGAUCGGUGACGAUGGAGCUGAAGCUCUCGGGGCAAUGCUACAAGCGGCUACGACGCAGAAUAUGCACUUCGAUCUGCGCGGCAAUAAUCUCUCGACGCAGGGACUACACAUUCUGUCAGAUGCCAUGAAGAAUGCUUGUCCCACCUCAGUCACUACUGUCCAGGUGGCAGACAACCAGGAUGACGACGAACCUGAGGCCGAAAUGUACAGGUCGAGGCUGGAUUUCUAUCUGCGCAAGAACAAGGCUGCAAUCGAGAGAGAAACGCUUCGCGAGACCAUUAAAAAGAUUGAACUGUCAUCAUUGGAGCUGGUGGCCUGUCAUUUCAAGCACAUUGUGUUGACGAUUGCCGAGGCGGAUUCUCUCGGUGCUGCCCUGCAGAGCAAUCACUCUGUCGUGAAAUUGAGACUAGAAGAUAACGCGCUACCCGAAGAAGGCGCUCGACGUAUUCUACGUGCACUUCGCACUAAUCGCAGUGUACGCACGUUGGCUUUGGUCGACAACAAUAUAGGCGACGGUGGAUUUCGUGAACUGAGUGAACUCCUUCGAGUAUCGACUUCAGGUCUUAGAGCUGUUAUCAUUGCCAAUCCAACACAAUUAACCCCUAAAAAUGGGUUAAACGUCAUCGGUCCACGCACAGGAAGUGAUCUUCAUUACACCUUCGCUCACUACGCUCUACUGACGUCACUGUCGCUUGCAAAUUGUGGCCUGGACGACCUCAUGGUGAGUGUCUUGGUCUCUGGUAUCGCCUGGGGUGGGCGUAUCGAAGCUCUUGAUCUGCAGCGCAACAGCUUCGGUGACCGCAGUGUUCACGUUCUGGCUCGCAUGCUGCAACGCUGCCUGUGUUUGUACCGGCUAGAUCUGCUUCGUAUGCUGCUGCUGGGUCGCUUUCUUAGCUGCGAGCAGCACACGAUGGAUCAAAUUAUCGAUGCAGCAGAGCAAAGUCGCACGCUCGUUCAGUUGGAGCUGAUAACGACGCACCGUCGUUCGAGUACAAGCGAGUGCAUUGCUAGUCUCAACACGCGCCUGCGUGCAGCUCGCGGUGUUGACUUCGAACAAGGGAAGCAACAGCGUAAAGAACAGGUGAAGAAGCAUGAAAAGUGGUGCCGUCAACGCGCACUUGUGCACCAAGAGGCAGUAACAUUGGUCCGUCAACUUGCACGACACACGAUGGAAUAG